UCAAACUUAUCUUCAUAUGCCCAAAAUCAAGCGAAAAGAAUUGGAAAAUAAGUCAAUAAUGCACUAGCAAUGUGAAAAGUGUUGGAAGUGCGGUGUAGUUACGUGUAUGUUGCUUAGACAAUUCACAAAGAGCACUUCUUAUAAUGCUUUUGUCAAAAAUAAACUUUCAUAUCGGUUUUAAAAAUGGCACAAAAAAAUUUGAAAAGCAGCAACAAAUUGACCACACAGCAAAAAGUCAAGCGACGGCUGGCGGCAAGCGCUUCAGCGGCAGUCAAAGCAUCUAUAGCAAUAGCAAUUGUGGAAGCGCACGCGGCAGUGGCAGUGGCAGCGGAAGCGGCGCUAGCGGUGGCGCUGCCACCAACACUCGCAACAGCAUCGGCAACGGCAGCUGUGUGUCGUCGUCGACAACCUCGGCUUCAGCGGCAGCGGCAUCAGCCAAGCGGCGCAAAUCAAAGUCGACAAAGUGCUUUAGUAGCACAGUGUUUCGUUGCUGUAUACCUUGUCGCGGGGGCGGCUCAGCAGCCCCCGCUACAAGUCCGCCCCAUUCGCCUGCAACGCCCGCGGAUGAUGUGAACAACGGCACGACGACAACGACCACCAACGCAGCACAGAAGAAGUACGCCAAAGUUGAGUACGAUAAAAAACGAGAUAGCAGCGCGAUUGGCGCACCCUACGCCGAAGUAGACGCUGACAUAGACGUUGACAUUGACACCGAAGCCGCUGCAGCCAUAGCAGCUAACGGUAAGAAGCAUUCACUUGCCGACACAAUUGCCACCUCGGCAACUACGCCCAUAUCAUUGAAGACGCUAAUAAACGACAGCGAGGAAGAACUCGAUCCGCCUGCGUUAAGUGUUGCCGACAUCGCAGCCGCCACACUUGCCAGCGGUAUUGUGGCACGCAAAGCCGAACCGGAAACAUUAAGCGACGCAAGUGUUUCGCCAACCGCAGCCAUACAGCAAUUGCCAUUUGGCGUAACCUUUUUGAACGCCUCGCACGGCACACCAGCCAGCAGUGGCGCACUUAGUGUCAGCGUCACAAGCGCACAACACAUUUCACCAACUAAAUCGACCAGCAGCGUGCCGGCAGUGACUUCCUUUGCCACUGCCAUUGGCCAUACUAGUGUAGCAGCUACGUUGCAACAACCACAGCAACAGGCUACGCCGCCGCCAACACCAACCGCGCAAACAGCGCCCCGUGUCUCGCAAUCACAAACCUCGCCAUUGCCGCACAUCGAAGAGGAGGAGGAAUCCGAGCAUAUCGGCAAUCGUCAGCAAUACUCACUGCCCGUUGACGCAGAUCCGAGCGGUGUUGGUACAAUAUAUACCGUUAGUGAUAGCAGCGAAAGCACAAACGCGCCACAGUCGACAAACACUUCGAUUUCGGCGCCGACCAGCGGCGGUGCUGGCGGCAGCAGCACGUGUCACUGUCAUCAAGAGUUAGUCACCCAAAGCGCUUCGACUCCUUCGCCGCGCAUUAAACUCAAAUUUCGUAAACAACACAAAUCGGGUUGGGCUCGUUCGGUACUUGCGCCCAGUAGCGCUGUUGGUGGUGGUGGAAGUAGCGGCGGCGGCGGCGGCGGCGGCGGUGCAGGCGGUAGCAGCAGUGUAAGUGGCGUUGGUGGUGGCAGCGGUAGCGGAGGCGCUACUUCCAACGAAACACUCGCCUCUAACGGCAGCAACACCAACACCGCAACCAGCGCCAGCAGCAGCGGUCUACAUCGCAUCUCUUUGUCAUCGGUACCACACGUUUCCAGCUCACAGCUUUUGCCAGCCACCAAGAUGCAGGCUGAACAAGGCUCCAUUGGUGAUCUGCAGAAAUACCAUAGUAGAUAUUUGAAGAAUCGACGACAUACGCUAGCAAAUGUUCGGUGA